AGUUAUAACAAAUGCAUUAUAUCCCACCCGCAGGCGUAGAAUGCUAUAGUUUGAAAGCAAAAUGGUCGCGGAAGAAAAUCCCACGGGAUUUCGAUAUUUAACUACAUUCCAAGCUCUGUUUCAAAUUGUAGAACUCUUACUACUAAUGGUGGUAUGGGCCCUGGUGGCGUCGCAAAAGUUUCUUUUCAUUCCCGGGUUCGCAUUUUCUCUCGGUGCCUUCGUAACUAUAUGGCUGAUAACUUUGUUGUUUUUCGUCCUUUACAUUUUCGGUGCGCAUGUCAAGAUCAACCAAUCACUUGCCAAGCAGAAUGCGAACACUGAGGAGCCUUCAACAUCUGGUACAGCUGGUUCGCUCAAACCUCCCCCCGAAGUGAGACUUAAGAUCAAGAAAGUGGUUUGGUUCGUAACGGAGUACGUCAUUUACUUCUUCUGCAUCAUCUUCCUCUUCAUCGCUGUAUGCAUUGUGACGUCAAAGGCAUACACAAACCAACAUUUCAUCGCGGCUUACGCUAUCGGAUGGAUCGUGCUCGGGUUCUAUAUUCUACAUUUCUGUUUGUUGGUUCGAAACACUGAAGGAAAAUGGCCGCACCAGUGCCUAAUGGAAUGCUGUGGGCUAAUUAGAAAAAGGAAAACAGAAGACACGUCUCAGUUAUUGCCUACAGAACAAGCGUCGCCUGAUAACCCUUGAAGCAAACGGCGCUAACUCGAAACCAAUGCUUGUCCUAAGGCACUAUCCUAAGGGUGGUCGCUAUAUUUGUUUUGAUUUAAUGUUAAUUUUUGUCCUCGCAUGGCGGGGAAACGACAGUCGUUAUAACACAGGUGUUCUGUUUUAUACACCUCGUGCCCACGUAUGUAACUUUGUGGGUGAUUUUAGUUUCGAAAGUUAGGUCGCAAAAGCUUCGCAGUUAGUUUAUAGUUAAUGUAAGUUAAAAUCUAGCGACCAUGGUUAAGUAAUGUACGUGUAUUUCUAUGUAUGACGUUUUAGAAAUGACCACAUUGUCAUAACUUACAUUGUGUAAAGGUGGAUGUACACAGUAUCCGGAAUUCGUCAGUUUUGUCCGGAUUUCGCUGCCGCAUGCGGAACUCGGUAAUGGGUUUGCAUACGACUUUCCAAGAAAAUUCGCAUGCCGGAUACUGUGUACAGCCACCUUUAUGCAGUUGUUUUUAGGUUUAUUUAGUCUGUGAACCUGCAAGUAAAAGUGAAACGUUCUUUAUUGCAAUAUUUUUUGUUAUAUGUCAUUUGUUCACAAAGAAAAGUUCGUGGCAGACAUUUAAAUAUACUGUUUUAGACCAUUAACGAUAUAUUAUCUGAUUUAUAUUAUAUAAUAAC